CAACUCGCCAUAACCACGGGUACAUUUAGUCAACAUGCGCGCUGCGCGUUUUCAGAGGCGUUCUGGUAAUCUGUAGUCUGCGUUCGUCCUUUCUCCGUCGGGCAUUUAUAAUGGACACGUCCCAGCCUGGUCCUUGAUUUCUUCCCCAAAAAUCCUGUCGACCUGCCCGAUAGCAACGCUACCUUCCCUGGUUCCCAUUACCCUAGAUGAUUUCCCUUCAGCUCACGUUCCUUCCAAUCGUCCUUUCCACAUUUUUCCUUCAUCCGAUACACGGCUUAACUGUGUCCGAGAUACAAGCACGGAACAGAAACUCUUCUCUCGCUGACCGAGGUCUACAGAAGCGUUUUGGCGACGCCAGAUUCACCUUCUAUGACCCUGGACUUGGUGCCUGUGGAGGGACAAACAGUAAUUCUGAUUUCAUUGUCGCGCUGAAUGCUCCCCAAUGGGAUGGUGGAUCGCAUUGUUUCCAAACGAUAACCAUCACGUUUGAAGGGAAAACACAUGAUGCUCAGGUAGUUGAUCUCUGUCCCGGUUGUCCCUAUGGCGGACUCGAUAUGUCGAGGUCCCUGUUCGAUGUGUUUGCUCCGCAAGAUAGAGGCGUCAUUUCUGGCUCAUGGGAAUUCGGAAGUGGUGGCGGUGAAAGUGAAGGUGGUGAACAACAGACCAGCACUAGUGCCCCUCCACCGCCACCAGAAACCGCGACAGAGAAGUCAACUGCGCCACCACCACCGACGGCGGCGGCGACAACUUCCGCCACUUUUAUCACUUCGGCCACAACGAGGUCGAUAUUUUCCGUAACGACCUCGACCGUUUCCGAAACGACCUCGACCGCGUCGACGUCGGCCUCAGCUACGUCGACCGGUGUUGGCUUCCCACACCCCGGCGGUGUUUUCGUGCAAUUGGGGUCUGGAAUUGGGGACUUCGCUGCCAUUGUGGUGGCCGCUGCUACCGAGGGGUUGAACUGAUGAUGGCCAUCGCGGGCGAUGCUAUCAGUGAUACUACCAUGGCGCAUAGAUUGAGUUAUCUAUCUAUUAUUAUGGUAUAUAGACUCAUAGACACAAGUGUAGAGUUCGUACUAGUAUCAGCUAGCAACGAUGUGUAUUCCUAGGAUAACUGUC